CCGGAGUCGUCGGGCGGUCCGGAGCCGCAGCAGCCCGCAGAGGAGCAGCGCUCAGCGGACACUCAGCGGCCCGUCCCCCGCCCCCAGCGCUCCCGGCCGGGGGCUCGCGCAGGCCCGGCGGGUGCGCCAGCAGCAGUGGGAGGUCGCUGGAGGAGUAUGAGCAGCGGCUCUCCUCCCAGCGCGUGAGAAAAGUUUGGCGCGUCGUCCCGCAGAGAAGUCUCGUGCGCUCCGGACAUGGCUGGCUUCACGCGGAGCCUCUUUCUUUCCGCCGCUCUGCUGCUGUCUGCGGUCCGAGCGGAGCGGCAGCAGGGCCGGGCCGGCUUCAGGAGGCUGUACGUGCUGCAGCCGGGGCCGGGGCCCGGGGCCGGGGCCGGGGCCGGGCCCGGGACGGCCCGGGUCAGCUCCAUCUCCUCGCUCCACGGCCCGGCCGGACAGCCGCACACCUUCAACCUGGAGCUGGCGGCCUCGGUGGGCGGUCCGGUCCGGACCCGCAGGAUGGGCAGCCAGGCGGCCCAGGAGCAGAUCGUGAAGCUGAACGGGGUGAACGUGUGCGGAGGCCAGUGCUGCCAUGGAUGGAGUAAAGCUCAAGGAUCGCAGCGGUGCACCAAGCCCAACUGCAUCCCUCAGUGCCAGAACGGAGGAAUGUGCCUCAGGCCUCAGCUCUGCGUCUGCAAGCCUGGCUCCAAGGGGAAGGCGUGCGAGCAGAAGACGGCGCCCGCGCACCCCUUCCCGGCCGUGCCCGGGAGCGCGCCGGCCAACGGGGCGCCGCCGCCGCCGCGGCCCAUCCCCCAGCAGGCGUCUCCCAACGCGUACGUCCCGGCCUCGGGCCCCGCCGGCGGCGUGGCGCAGAUGAAGCUCACCGUCAAGGCGGCGCCGCAGUUCGUGCGACCGCACUACAUCCAGCAGCACAUCCAGCAACAGAUCCGUCCCGUCCCGAUGCACCCCGGUCAGGGCCAGCAGUACGUCCUGAAGCCCAAAUACUACCACACACACACCACACACACUCAGACGCAUGUGCAGGCCCAGCCGGACAGGCCGAUCCCCCUCACCGUGGGACACCACAGCAUUCAUGCCGGCAACCACACGGGGAGGAUCAAGGUGGUCUUCACGCCCACCAUCUGCAAGGUCACCUGCGUCGGCGGCAGGUGCCACAACAACUGCGAGCUGGGAAACACCACCACCAUCAUCAGCGAGAACGGCCGCGCCACCGACACCCUGACGGCGCCCAACUUCAGAGUGGUGGUGUGUCACCUCCCCUGUAUGAAUGGGGGCAAAUGCAGCGCCAGGGACAAGUGUCAGUGCCCUCCUAACUUCACUGGGAAGUUCUGCCAGAUGCCGGUUCAGGACGGACACCAUCACCAGCAGCACCACCACCACCAGCAGCAGCAGCAGCACCAUCAGCAGCAGACUGUAGGAGGCUACAGCCAGACUCAGGUCCACUCCACCCACACCCUGCCCCUCACCUACAGCAACGGCCAGAGUCCCGGGUUCAGCCCCGGCAUCGUCAACAUCCACAUCAAGCACCCCCCGGAGGCGUCCGUCCAGGUGCACCAGGUGUCCCAGCUGGACAACUUCCACAGCAACGGGCACCAGCACAGCGGGGCCCAGGCGGGCUCGUCCUCCUCCACCAGCUACACCUACCACCACUCCGAGAGCAGCCAGAAGCUCCAGCACCACGGCUACAACCUGGUCUACCCCGGCCAGCACGCCUACCAGCCCCCGCAGCGCCAGCCCGUCUCCUCCAAGGCCACGCUGGGCCGCUGCUUCCAGGAGACGGCCGGCAGUCAGUGUGGGAAGGCUCUGCCGGGGCUCACCAAGCAGGAGCAGUGCUGCGGCACCAUCGGGACGUCCUGGGGAUUCCACAAGUGCCAGAAGUGUCCCAAGAAGCCAUCCAUCCCUCUGAUCGACUGUCCUCCGGGAUACAGGAGGAUCAACAGUUCCCAUUGCCUCGAUGUGGACGAGUGUCAGGAGCAGGGCCGGUGUGCUAACGGGAACUGCGUCAACACGGUGGGCAGCUUCAGGUGCAUCUGUAAGACCGGCUUCAUCCCCAACCCCACGUUCACCGCCUGCCUGCCCGACACGCCUGCUGUCCAGGAGGAGAAGGGGGCUUGCUUCCGUUUGGUCAGCUCGGGGAGGCAGUGUUUGCACCCGGUUUCUGCCGAGCUGAGCAAACAGCUGUGCUGCUGCAGCGUGGGCAAAGCCUGGGGCCCCCGCUGCGAUAAAUGCCCCCCUCCGGGAACAGCCACAUUCAAAGAGAUCUGUCCCGGUGGAAUGGGAUACACCGUUCUCCCGAAUCCUCCCGUCGUCAAGCCCGGAACGGUUUACCAGGAGCCCGUUGACCUGCCGCCGCCACAGCCGCUGCCAACGCCGGAGCGACCGGUGGAGGCGUUCGGCCACCCGGAGGAGGUCUUACCAGUGGCGACGGUCGCUCCAGACCAGGAGCUGCUCGUCCCCGCGGUUAGCAUUAGGCCGGUAGUUGACGCUGUCCUGCCCCAGCUGUCUCCGGGCGUGUCCACCGUCAAGAUGGAGGCAGCCUAUCCAGAGGUUGUUGAGAAGACGUCUCCUCCUGCUCCGGUGGAAAUCCUCCCACCCAACGCAGGCCAGGACAUCGCUCCCACCCAGUCUGCCGAGGUGGACGAGUGCCAGAUCAACCCUUAUAUUUGCGGCCCGGGAAUUUGCUACAACACACCUGAGAGCUACACCUGCCACUGCGAGCAGGGGUACCAGCUGGACGGAGCGCAGACCACCUGCGUCGAUAUCGAUGAAUGUGAGGACGGCCUGGCGUGUCCGUCUGGAAUCUGCUACAACGAGGCGGGAGGCUUCAGCUGCGGCUCCUGCUCCGGAGGCUUCCUGGCCCAGGACGGCCGCUGUGUGGACGUGGACGAGUGCCAGGACGACCAGGUGUGUGUGAGAGGCCACUGCCAGAACACCGAGGGCUCCUUCCUCUGCCUCUGCGGGCCGGGCUUCAGAGCGUCCGCCGCCGGAGACCAGUGCGACGACGUGGACGAGUGUGUGGAGGAGGCCCGGCCCUGUGAGGACGUGGGACAGUGUGUGAAUAACGUGGGCUCCUACACCUGCAGCUGUCCAAGAGGCUACCGGCAGGUCAACGGCACCAGCUGCAGAGAUGUGGACGAGUGUUUGGAGGAGGCAGAGCUCUGCUCCCCUCACGGCAGGUGUCUCAACUCGGAGGGCUCUUACCUGUGUGUGUGUGACGGCGGGUUCACCGCCAGCCUGGACGCUCCGUCCUGCGAGGACAUCGACGAGUGUGGCCUGAACGAGACUCUCUGCGGCCCCCACGGCUUCUGUGAGAACCGGCUGGGCUCCUUCAGGUGUCUGUGUGACCAGGGCUACCAGGAGUCCCCGGACCAGCAGGGCUGCGUCGACGUGAACGAGUGUGAGCUGCUGAGCAGCGUGUGCGGCGAGGCCCAGUGUGUGAACGUGGACGGCUCCUUCCUGUGUGUGUGUCCCAGCGGGCAGGACUACAACGUCAUGAUCGCCAAGUGCGAGCCGGUCCCCACAGCCUCGUCCGUGGAGCGGAAGGAGUGCUACUACCGCCUGAACGACGAGAACCUGUGCGAGAGCGUGCUGACCAGCCACGUCACGCUGCAGGAGUGCUGCUGCACGCUGGGCGCCGGCUGGGGCGACAACUGCGAGGUGCACCCCUGCCCCGUCAACGGAACCGACCAGUUCAACCAGAUGUGUCCGUCGGGAAGAGGCUACAUUCCCAGCGCAGACCUGCUGUACGGAGUCCAGACCUCGGAGAGCUACAGGGACGCAGACGAGUGCACGCUGUUCGGCCAGGAGGUGUGUAAAGGCGGCUUCUGUCUGGACACGGAGGGCAGCUACGAGUGCUACUGCAAGACGGGCCAGGACUACGACCAGGCCCGGCUGGAGUGCAGGGACAUCGACGAGUGUCUGGACGACUCGGUGUGUGUCGGCGGCGAGUGUCUGAACACGGACGGCUCCUACAUGUGCUUCUGCACACACCCCAUGGUGCUGGACCCCCACAGCAGCCGCUGCGUGUUCGUGUCCGAGGCGGCCGGGCAACGGGAGACGGAGCAGGUGGACUACCAGGGCAUCUGCUGGCAGACGGUGACGCAGAGCCUGACCUGCACCCGGCCGCUGGGGGCCGACCGCAGGACCACCUACACCGAGUGCUGCUGCCUGUACGGAGAGGCCUGGGGCAUGGACUGCGCCCUGUGUCCUCCCAGGAACACCGAUGACUACGCCUCCAUGUGUAACCUCCCGCUGAGCGGCGGCCGCCGGCCGUACGGCCACGACGCUCUGGUCGCAGCUCCGGUCCAGGAGUAUGAAGUCGGUCCGGUCUUCCUCACUCCAGACCCUCCGCCGCACGAGCAGCGCCGCCUCCCCCCGUUUCCUGAAGAGCACUCACACAAGGCCUUCGAGGGCCUGCGGGCGGAGGAGUGUGGGAUCCUGAACGGCUGUGAGAACGGCCGCUGUGUCCGGGUCCAGGAGGGCUACACCUGCGACUGCUUCGACGGCUACACCCUGGACCUGUCCCGCAUGGCCUGCAUCGACGUGAACGAGUGCUCGGAGCUGAACAGCCGGAUGUCGCUGUGCAAAAACGCCAAGUGCAUCAACACCGUGGGCUCCUACCAGUGUGUGUGUCUGCCGGGCUUCACACACUCCAGCAAGCCCAACUACUGCGUGGAGGCCCAGACAGACCAGACGUCCGCACACACACACUGAGACCGCACGCACAAGCUUGUAUUGCUAUACUUGUGAGGACGUCCGCUGAUCACACCCGCUCGGCCCAGAGCUGCGACUGUAAAACCCCAAACGGCCGGCGCUGGCGGCGUCCGCAGGUCUGCCUUCACAUCUUAAAGCCUAAAUAAACAAUAGAUUCAGUACUGAGUUCAGCUGGUUGAGGAACGGAACGUUGGCGAGCUCCAGCUCGGUGGACUGAGCAGCUUCCAUCAGCUGCCGGCAGCAGGACGUCAGAGAACACCUCCGCUUCAGCUCUGGGCUGGAAGACAGCGGUCUGGCUGCAAGUUUGGACAUUUGGUCAUUAGGUAUAGAAAUACAGCAUUAUCACACACACACGCACACACACACACACACACACACACUUGAAGAUCUGUCUUUGUGGGGCCAAACAUGAUCUCUGUCGUCUCAAAGCAUCAAACUUCGAAAUCACCCACUGCGACUGAGCUGUAGCUAAGCCCCGCCUCCUCGCUGACCGGUUAAACCACAGGAGAGGACAGGGAGGCGUUCCUGUCGGACAAGCUGUGACGCCUGCGACUCCUCAACCAGGGAAGCUAGGCGGCUAACAAGCCCGGCGCUGCUAGCAUCGUGUGAUUAAUAUACGACCAGACUGCUGAAGUUACACUAGACAUGGAGGAAAUGGGCCCAAAUGAAACAGUAAGCAGAAGAGUAAGCAGCUCUAAAGCUUUUCUGGAGGUUCAAGCUCAGAAUGUCCGAUUUCCAGGAAGUAGGUAGACCAAUGCUUUCGGUUCGUUUGAACUUGGGGACGGGGCUUAACCAAAGAUCAACUCAGCACAUAGCACUUAGAAGGAAGUUAGCGAUCUUUCCCAGCAUAGUCCAAAUAUCACCACUGUGGCGCCGCCUGGCGUCCCCCGGAGCUCAGCCAGCCUCUGACCUCUGACCUCUGACCUCUGACCUCUGACCUCAGUGCCUCGCCUCGAACUAACCUCACACACGUUAGCUCCAGUGACCAUCAGAAGUCCGUCUCUCCACCCGGCAGAGGCCUCACACCUCAAACCAGGACUGUUAGCGCCCCACAAAGACAGUAACACACCACACACACACGCACACACACACACACACACACACACACACACACACACACACACACACACACACACACACACACACAUACACAUA